AUGGUCUCGUAUACAGUGACGUGGACCUUUGGAGCCGGGACCAUAUGCCCAGAUGCAGCCCUGAAGCUGAGAAGUAUAUACACAGGUUUGGCUAUGAGCAUCAUGAAACGUUAUGAACUUGUCGCUGAAGUAAGGCCGUACUGCGUGGAUGUCAAGCUCGACCACGUCGAACAGAUUUCUUCGGCUUUGACCUCUUCAACAGCGAGACAUAUGGAAGGUGGCUUAACGAAGGAUGGAGUCUUUGAAGUCGCUGGGGAUACCUUUGGGGUGGUAAGCAAGUUCAGACGAGAGUUAUGCACAGGAAGUGAAAUUGGGUAUAGGAGGAUUCAAAUGACUUUUGAAAGACAGAUUGCCGUUCCAAACCAUGGUAAGUCUUGUGCUGAACUCGAAUUCGUUGAGCCCAAGUAUUCUCUCCUAAUAUAUUCUGAACACCCCGACAUCCGCUCCAUUCACUGCCGGUUCUCUUCCCAUGCCCACACCUUUCCAGUGAAUCCUUUCUCCAAAGUCUUCACGAUCUCCAUCACGCGAUCCAUCCCCAACUUAAUCCCAUCUUCCAACCCCCGCAAACACUCCCUUUCUUUUCUCCUUAUUGGCUACUUAUAUAGCAGCCGCUGCUGCGAUCAAUGCCAUUUCAUAAUCAGUGCGCUGGUGUUAAGAUUGAGGUUCCACGCAGACGUGGAUGUUUUCGCUGAUUAUGGGUCUGUGUCGGAUGUAAAUGAUGGGAGUGUAUUAGAUUUCUGGAGAGCGGUGAGUCUAUGGUGGAUUAGAAGGGGAAGAAGAAUAUUUGUGUGUGGUAUGAGUGUGGUCGCGCAAUGUGUUCUUCUCGGGAUUAUGAAAUGUGAGGCAAUUUCCAGUGUUGAGUGGUUGAGUCGGUUGACAUCUGUCAAGGCCACGAGCAAUCCGUUCCGAAAAAAAGAAAUGUGGUUCCGCACUUGCACGAUCCUGCCUCUCUGGGUACAGGCGGAGGCUACAGAAAUAAUGACAAUCUUCACUCGCCUCAACAGCUUUUGUCUUGCAAAAGAUGAGAGCUUACAUCCGAAUUUCCAUCGCCAUAUGAACUGUUCUUCCGUUGAUGGUGUGGGGGCUGGACGCCCAAUACCCACGAACAAGAAGAAGCAUAACAUGAGUAGUGUGAAUAGGGGGAUCACACAAAGGAGAAGUCUCUUGAUGAGAUAUACUAGUGGGUGUUUUCUGAGACCUUCGAGGUCUUGUGCUUCGAGAUCAGCACAAGGUAGCGGGUCGUCGGAACCCGAGGACGAGUCCGAAGGCGAAAAUGAACUGCCUGAUGCUGGAGAUGAAGAAGGGCUAGGAAGCAAGGACGACUCGGGCGAAGAGGUGCCUCGUGACCGGACUCGAGCUUAUCCCACACCGGAGAAUAGGAGACAUUUCCUCGGUAUUGGGAAAGUGCACAAUUGUGCUCGACAAUGUCCCGAGCAAGAGUGGUGUUAUUGGAGAAUCUUUACCUUGACAAUAUCUUUGUUUUCGCUAGUUGCUGAAGAGACGCUCGCAAAUGUUCGCUGUCAAGGGCCGGAAAUGGUUGGGGUUAUGUUUUUGAGAAUGAUGGCCAAAGAAUGGUUAUGGAAGGGUACCAAAUACAGAGGUGGCACUAAACUUCGCCAAGUUGAGGUAGCCAUGAUUAUGUACGCCAUGUCCUUACAAAAGCGUAGACCGAUGCAUUACCAGAUAAACUCCCUCUGUAGAGUAAAUUUCGCAAGCGGCCUUCCAAACUUCAUCCAAAGGGAAUUUGAGAAUAUGUGGUUUAGGACAGGAAAUAGCAUCGUUUUAGCAACUUCUCUGGUUCAAGCAAGAUGUGUAAUAAAUACAGUUUGCCUUGACCAAGUUCCUUUAUACGUGAUAGCAUGUCAUAAGAAAUGGACGCUUACCUGCUUGCGACUAUUUCCAGAUCUCGUUGUUGUCUUGCCAUAUCCCUUCGUUUGUAGUACCACAUCUGGGUCAUCUUAUUUCUUUAGUCUUCCUGCUCUAGCUCCAUUCCCCCCCUCAUUAAUAAAGCUGGCUUCUUCGUUAAAUCUCCACCGUACAAUAACAGCACCUAGCCUUAAAGUAAUCGAAAAAGUGUGGGUGGUUUGGAAUAUGUUGAUGCAGCAUAUUCGAACCUCCUGGAAUGUCAGCAGGAUGCAAACUUCUGCCCUAGAUUAUCUUUGCAAUAUUCCAUGUCAAAUGGUAAGACGCAGUAGAAACGAAACGCAUUUGCUUCAAAGCCUAAUGGGUAAAUUGUUGGAUAAAGGCGAGACUUGA